AUGCUACUUCGAAAUAAUUUGGAUGGCAAGAAAUUCUUGCUCGUCUUGGAUGACUUAUGGAACGAGGACAGGGGAAAAUGGAUUGAGUUGAGAAAUUUGUUGAUGGGGGGUGCCAAUGGAAGUAAGAUUCUUGUGACUACACGCAGCCCAACAAUUGCUUCCAUGAUGGGCACCAUGUCCCCAUACAACUUGGAAGGUCUUUUACAUCAAGAGUGUCUGUACCUAUUUAUAAAAUGGGCAUUUGAUGAAGGAAAAGAGAGGCAGCACACAAACCUUGUGGAAAUUGGGGAUGCGAUUGUGAAAAAAUGCAAAGGGGUUCCCUUGGCAGUGAAAUCGCUAGGAAGCCUACUAUAUUCAAAGCUUGAUGAACGUGAUUGGCUAUUUGUAAGAGAUAAUGAAAUGUGGAAAUUGAACAGAAAAGAAGGGGAUAUUUUGUCGAUCUUGCAAUUGAGUUACAAUCAGAUGCCAUCUUACUUGAAACAAUGUUUUGCUUUUCUUUCACUCUUUCCAAAAGAUUAUGAAUUCAAUACUUUUGAUUUAAUUCCAUUUUGGAUGGCAAAUGGGUUUCUUCAAUCACCAAAUGAAAAUCAAGAGCCGGAAGAUAUUGGCAACCAAUAUAUAGAUGAGCUCUAUUCAAAAUGUUUCCUUGAAGAUUAUAUUGAUAUUGGUCAUGUGUGA